AUGCCCACAACCCGCUCUCAGACUCACCGAUCACGACGACACCGACAUCCUCAGCAAUCUUCUCCUCCCGCUCCUGUUUCCGCGGCGGCUCGUAAUACCUCUGCAUCAAGACGGAGGUAUUCUCUUCGUGCGAGUCAGAGACAGGAAGGGGAGGCACGGCCGGGACGGCACAGAAGAGGCAACAACGACAACCGCAAAUUCUACCAGUACGAAAGAGCUGAGUCCGACAUUGAAAUAGAGGCCGAGAGCCAAGAUGAGGAAAAUUCCAAUGAUAACGGAGGGGAAGAAGGAACCAGUCCAGACAACAUGACCUCCAUGAUUCUGGCUGAAAAGUCAAGAAUCGUAUACGACAUUGAAAGUCUGGAUUUAGAAUCGAGAGGUCGGGCAUUGGCUGGUUUAACAAGUCGCUUUGAUGUAGUAUACUGUCGGGAGAGUUCCUCUGUUUACGAAUUUCAGCUCAUCGAGCGUCCGCGCAUCCAAAUCCGGAAUGAAGGAGCAGAUUGUACAUGUUCAGAGUACGGGAACCGGCCGGACAUCGCAUGCCGGCACAUAUUUUGGCUUGUAGACCAGGKAUACGACAGUAUCUCGCCUCACACUCCCCCUCCGGGAUUACCGCUAUCUACGAAUGGAUUCUCUCCCACCCUACCCCCUCUACAUACUCUUCUACAAGGCCGCCUAGAAACCCUUGCGAAUGAUCUAGAAUGGCCCUUUCUACCCGAGAAUGGAUCAACCGCUAUGGCCAGUAGCGGAGAAACGAUCGCUGGUGGCUUAUCCCGACAAGAGCAGGUCCGCGACAUCAUGUCCGCAUUCAACAAAGUGACAAUCCCCGAAGACUUUCGAAGGGACUUGGUAGAGUCAAGCGCGACAUUAACCCCGCGUACACCAGAACAAUGCGUUGUGCAGGGCGACUUUGAAGCAACAAUCUUCCGACUUGCGGUCCACGACGACAACGUCUACAAUAGUAUUCGCAAGGCGAUGCCGGCCGGCGCUUGCGCAGCCAUUUAUUUCGACAAGGUCCAUCAAAAGUCCCGAAAUCUUUUGACGCAAUUUGACGAAUAUCGACGAACGGGACGACUGCCUCCUACUAGCAGUAGUAGUAACGAAAGAGUGCUCCCAUCGCUGGACAACGUGAGCGAAGUAGCGAGGGAAUUGCGACGGCACGUGGCUCAGAUCCGGAAAAAUCUUGCGGUACGGAUACCGUAUGGAACCAAAGGGGCGGUAGAGGCGCUCAUCACAUUGUUGCAGGAAGUGAGUGCGCGAAACAUUGAUGCGUUCGAGAAUAAUACUUGGGGAAGGGUGGCGCCUCCCGGUGAGGAUGAUGAUGAUCGGAAUCUGUACGAGCAAUUAAUAGGACAGGCGACCGACGAGGACCAGGGUAUGGGAGACGAGGAAGGUGGUGUUGGUGGUGGAUUGUUUAUACUAGACGUUCUGGAGGAAGUGCCUGCAUCCGUGCUAGAGUCUUAUGUCUCGAGUCUGUGCGAUAUCCUGGCAAAAAUCGAGAUAAUACCUGCUCCGUCGUCGUUUCUGCUCAAGUUGAAGUCAUUGAUACAUGAUGCGCAAUCGAGUCGUACCCAACCUCGGGGGAAGAGGCCGGCGACAGGGGAAGCUGGUGGAAGUCACAAACGGACGCGAUAG